AGCAAAACGAAAUAGGAGAACUUCCGGUCUCUAUCGACUCUCCAAAAAUGGCGGAUGUUUGUGGUCAAGUGUUAUUGGGAUCAGGGCUUACUGUGCUCUCCCAUCCUUUGAUGUACAUUAAAGUCCUGAUCCAGGUAGGACAUGAGCCACUCCGUCCCACCCUGGGUAGGAAUUUAUUUGGAAGACAAGUCUACCAGCUACCUGGACUGUUUGCUUAUGCAAAACACAUCAUUAAGAUUGAUGGAAGAGCUGGUCUUUUCAAAGGACUUGGUCCGAGGCUUUGUGCAGGCACCAUUGGCACACUCGUACACAGCAAAGUUGUACAGAAAUGUCAAGAACAAGGCACCCCACAGAUACUGGGAGGGCAGCAGAAGGAUAAAGAGAGCUCUCUACAGCAGGUUGUUAACGAGACAACCAGGGAGAUGGUUGCCCGCUCCUGUGCCACCAUCGUCACACAUCCCUUCCAUGUGAUCACUUUGCGAUGUAUGGUGCAGUUCAUUGGAAGAGAAACCAAAUAUAGUGGGGUGUUUGAUUCCAUCAUCACAGUCUACAGAGAAGAAGGCAUUCUGGGCUUCUUUGCUGGUUUGAUUCCUCGCCUGCUGGGUGAUGUCCUUUCUCUGUGGAUUUGUAACCUGCUGGCUCACCUCAUCAAUACAUAUGCCAUUGAUGACUCGAUGAGUCACACAGGAGAAAUCAAGAACUGCUCUCAGGCGAUGACAGGGUUCUUUGCCAGCAUGCUCACCUAUCCUUUUGUUUUGGUGUCAAACAUAAUGGCUGUCAAUAACUGUGGGCUUGCUGGAGGCAGAGAUCCCUAUGCGUCAGUAUAUCCCACCUGGGUGGACUGCUGGAUGCAUCUUAGCAGAGAGGCAAGUAUAUAACUAAUCCAGCCCCUUUCAAACAUUUGCUCAGUAGUAACGAUUCACAAAGAUGGGUUGAACCAAACAGGCUGGCCACCUUCUCAGCUGCUGUGCAUACACCACUGUACUUUCUGUGUCAACGAGGCACCGAAAGUUUGGUUCAUCCUGAUGGGCUUUGAGGUAAAGGUCAUUUUGCAGUGUUACAAUUUCCACCCGUCCAGCAUCCAAGCUGAGCAUCGCACUGAGCAAUGCACGUUGUUUCCACGUUCAUGAAAGGUUUGGAAAUGAACAACACACUUGGCUUAAACUGAUCAAGGUCCCAAAACCUGUUCUCAAAGUCUUGUCCAAGCCUGUUUAUGACUUAAGAGUACUUUUCUGCAACUUUGUCAAAAGUCUCAGAUGCAGAAGCAUUAUCUUUUCAGCACAGAGAGGAAGUGGAGCACCUUUUUUCUCUGUAAAUGCACAGAGAAAAAUGUCCCUCUGGGCUUUAAAUGCAUUUAAAGCACUUAUGUCAGCAACAGUCUUACCUUUGCCUUGCAGCUUUCAGUUUCCCAGUAAUGUCCUUUAAAAUGAAAGGUCAAGUGUCCACCAUGCUGGUGUACCCCAGCAUAAAGUUUAGGAACUCCGUGUCACCUUUUCAGUGAGGGAUGAAUCCUGUAUGUUGGCUGGUCAUAGCAGGAGCCCUGUCGGUGGUCACUGAUACCAGUUUUUCCACCGGUACCUUUUUCUCUGUGAAAAACUCCGUCACAGCGUUAUAGAUGUCAACUCCUCAUAGACCUCAUAGUUGUCUUUGGUGACAGUAGUGUCAGAAGUUCUUUUGUGGAGAAAUCGUCAAAUACCAUCCAGAUGACGACCAUCAGCUGUGCUGCUGCUGUCCACAGACUGUUACACUGGAUGCUAAACCACCUGCACUCUGCCUGGUCCCAGUCCAGCUGAUCAGCCAAGUUCCCGGACAUAGCCGACACUCUUCUAACUAUUGUAGUUGCCCCCAGUUGGACAUUGGAGAGAAUGGAGAUUACAUCAGUUCCAUAUUUCUCCUCUUUAAGCACAGUUUUUGCAAUUAUCAUGAUUGCUUCUUUGAAAACCUUCUCGUCUGAAAAUGCCUUCUUUUUCUUAAUUAAGAAAUGUGUAGCUCUAAAUGAGGCUUUUUGGGAGUUUUUCACAGUUCUCGUGAAAAAAGACUGCUGUUUGCUCAAACCUGCCUUUAACUCACGGGCUGUUUCUGCCCAUCGGGUAGUGAGCAUGGCAGCUUGUGUGACACGUUCAGAAACGUCUCUCCACAUUGUGCCGCUUUGCCGUUGCCACAUGAAUCGUUCACAGUAGUGAAAACUCUUCCUCUAAUUCACUGUGAAAUUGAUGUUUUCUUUUUCUUUCUUACUUCUUCUUUACACUUUUUUUUACUUAUGUGUUUAUACACCACCUGCAUUUAAUUAUUACUAAUUUCUGUCUCUUCCGAAACGUGUCUUUUGUCUUGUCUUCUUCCCCUCACCCCCAACCAACAGAUGGCUGCC